UGUUCCGCAGCGUCAUCGCCCCUACUUUUCUAAAGCACCGCCUCCUAGCAAAAAGCUAGUGUGCGUCUUUCACUGACUGUGACACAGGAAUGCCCUUCCCUGGCGCCCUGGAUGACCACGGGGAAUAAAUCUACCAUCAGACACCGCGUCUGUUGCUCAAGCUCUGGAGUGGAUGACGAUUGACGGUUCACCGGCGAGCCCUGAGCCGGCUGAUCUCAGAGCGGAGACGGCGCCUUGUGGAGCGUGAAAGGUGGAGGCGUCCGCGUUUCUGAGAUGUCACUCCGACAAGCGGACGGGAUGUCCAUCGCCCAGGCUUUGGCCAUGACCGUGGCAGAGAUACCCGUCUUUCUGUAUUCCACGUUUGGGCAGUCCAUAUUCUCCCAGCUGAAGCUCACCCCGAACUUGAAGAAGGUGCUGUUCGCCACGGCGCUGGGUAGCGUCGCCCUGGCUCUCACCGCUCAUCAGCUGAAAAGGCGGGGGAGAAAAAGGAAGCAGGUGACGCAAGGGAAGGAGGACCGGAAGACGGUGGGAAUACCGGAGGCGCUGAUGAAGCCAGGGAGACCCUCGUCGUUUAAGAGAGCCCCGUUUACCGGCCGACAGGCGAUGAGUCCCAGCACCCGGAGCAAUGACACCAUGAGUGGAAUCUCCUCCCUGGCCCCCAGUAAACACUCAAGCUCCUCACACAGCCUGGCGUCGACGCGGGUCCCAAACUCUCCGAAUCAGGCAGCCAACCCAUCCACACCCUGGGAAACGGAGCCCGUGGCGGAAGAGUCAGGGGCAAUAGAGGAUGCAAAUGCAGAGAAUCUCUACAUAUUGGGGAUGGAGCUCUUUGAGGAAGCUCUGCAAAAGUGGGAACAGGCCCUGAAUAUCCGCCAUCACCCCCACUCCACCUCCAGCAACAACAGCCUCGCCCUGCAGGGGGCGGCGUGUGAGGACUUUCCAACGGUUGAAACCCAUAAUAACGUGUUUGCUGAGAAGUUGGAGACACUGCUGCACAGGGCGUACCACCUGCAGGAGGACUUUGGCAGUACUAUCCCGACCGACAGCGUACUGGCGGAUUUCGAGAGCGAAGGAACUCUUAUCUUGCCGCAAGUGGGGAGUUUCCACAGGCGGCGGGACGACGACGACGCGACCACCGUUACCUCCGACGAGUCCUUCUUCUCAGCCGCAGAGCUGUUCGACGCCUUGUCUCUGGACGACGUCUACCAGCCGCACAAGCCGGCCGCUCUCUACGAGGAAGCCCUGUCGCUGGUCCGGGAGAACAAAGUGUCCUAUCGGUCUCUGAGGACGGACUUACUUGAAUGUUUUGGUGACCAAGACUUCCUGGCCAAGCUUCAAUGUGUGAGACAAGCAUUCCAGGUCCUGUUGUUGGAUGAAAGUCAUCGCACAUUUUUCAUGGAGACGGGGAAGCAAAUGAUUGUCGGGUUGAUGGUGAAGGCCAAUAAGAGUCCCAAAGGCUUCCUGGAGAGCUACGAGGACAUGCUGCUUUACACCAAGAGGGAAGAAACGUGGCCCGUCACAAAGAUGGAGCUGGAGGGUCGAGGGGUGGUGUGUAUGAACUUUUUUGACAUUGUUUUGGACUUCAUCCUGAUGGACUCGUUUGAAGACCUGGAGAAUCCUCCCUCCUCUGUGGUCGCUGUGUUGAGGAACCGCUGGCUCUCUGACAGCUUUAAAGAAACAGCUCUGGCAACUGCUUGCUGGUCUGUCCUGAAAGCAAAGAGACGUCUUCUCAUGGUCCCUGAUGGUUUUAUCUCCCACUUCUAUGCCAUAUCGGAACACGUGAGCCCAGUUUUAGCUUUUGGGUUUUUGGGCCCCCGGCAGCACCUGAGUGAAGUGUGCACCAUUUUCAAGCAACAAAUCCUGCAGUACCUGAAGGAUAUGUUUGAUCACGACAAAGUCCGCUUCACCUCGGCCCAGUGCCUGGCCGAGGACAUCCUGAACCUUUCCCACCGCCGGAGUGAGAUUUUACUGGGCUACCUGGGAAUCAGCAGCCUUCUGGAGGUCAAUGGAGCCCCGCCCACAGACCCACAGGGCACAUGUGGGCCCAACUAAGACUACUGGAGUCCCUCGGGGUUCCCGACUCGUAAGAACUUGCCUCGGGCCUUGUUUUGGAGACGUGGAUGCUUCCUAAAAUCCCACCUGGAGGAAGCGGUCGCCAACGCGGGGCGACCAGGCCUUUUCCGUUAGUCCCACACAUCGGAGUCCCUCCGAGGACCUUUUGUUCACACUGACUCGUGGAACAUUCUAGUCUUCAUAAUUAUGUGAAAAUAAAUGUGCGAAAUGUAUGUUUUAUAUUAAAGGGGAAGGAUAUUUAUGAAAACCAUAACAAUUGUUGGAUGGUUUGGCCAGCUGAAGAUUUGAAGGGCUCCAUGGAUUUGUCUCAUCCUUCAUCUGAAUAAGUAUUCAUUUCAUCCCAUGUGGUUUAGCUUAAUUAUCCCAAAGUGUUGUUUUGACUCCCAGCUGUGUUCUUUUGGAAAUGGCAGUGAUCCGGCUAACAUGCAAAAGUUUUGUAAAGAUGGACGUUCUCUAACUAGAUGCCAGUAGAUGAUCUAAAUAAUCUUUUUAAGUGCCACUGAAGGUUCGUGAAGAAACUUCCCACUACCAAUCACACAAGGUUAUUUAAAACGGUUACACCUUUUCUUACUGUCAGAUGUCAAAAAUACCUCCUGGGAUUCACAAAGUGCACAUGGUCAUAUCAUAAUUUUCGAGGCUUUUUAAAAGAAAAAUGAUUUAUGAACAAACAGAAAUAUUUCCCAUCUUGGUAAACAUUUCGAAAUGCCAAUCUUAGUAGAUGCCAGUUUGAGGAUUUUUUUUUUCUUUUCAUAAAGACCUGUGAUGAAGAAGGCGGCAUUGUGCAGUCAGACUAACCCUCGUAAGUGCACUGAUGAUGAUGAAGUUUCAGCAUUCAAAUUAGCAGCUACAUGUCACUCAUAGUCACACAAGUGUUUCUUUUGAGGUCUUGAUAAUCCAAAUCCGGCUCUUGAGGCCGUACAGAGUCAACAGCCUGGGAUUAUUUCUGUUUCUGUCCAGCAUUUACAUCCAACUGUAAAUAGAGCUUAAAAAAAGAAAGUCUCUUGUUUUGUUUUGGUGCAGCUUUGUGUUUUUAAGCAUUUUGCACUUUAUGCCAAAAAGCAGGAAGAUAUAGGAAUGUUCAAAAGCUCUU